AUUCAUAAACCCUAACAACAAUUGCCAGCCAUUUCACGCUCCCAGAGACGCCAUGGCCCAGUGGUGGCGCUGUCUCAGAACGGUGGUUGGUCAAUCUCCAUCUCCACCUCCACAACGACAACAGUCAUUAUAUUCACUGUCUUCUCUUUACCAUACGAUCCAAGCAAUUCCUCGAGAGUACACUGGAAGCCGAGUUGCGGCUCGUGACAGAGCCCAGGGCAGAAUCCCAGCAGUGGUUUUCUCCCAGCCCCUGUUCGAUAAAAAUCCCAGCUCUCCAUCAAUCUCGAGAAAGCAGCUGUUGACCACUGAGAGGAAGCAGAUUCACUCCAUUCUCAAGUCCGUAGAACUUCCCUUCUUUUGCUCCACCACUUUCCAGCUUCAGAUCCGCGCCGGUGCCGGGUCUUCGGUCCUCCUUGAUUCCAGAAGAGUUCUACCCAUCAAGAUACAUAGGGAUGAAGAGACCGGAAAGAUACUGAAUUUGGUGUUUGUUUGGGCUGAUGAGGGAACGGAGUUGAAAGUUGAUGUCCCAAUUGUUUUCAAAGGAGAAGAGGAUUGUCCUGGUCUCAAGAAAGGGGGACAUUUCAAGAGGGUAAGAAAUUCUCUGAAAUUUCUUUGUCCAGCCGAUCAGAUUCCUGCGAACAUCGAGGUGGAUGUGAGCAAUAUAGAUAUUGGAGGGAGAGUCUUAAUGCGUGAUAUCGAGUUUCAUCCUUCACUGAAGCUUCUAAGUAAGAAUGAGGAAUUGCCAAUUUGUAAGAUUGUGGCAAUAAAAUCUGAAAACCCAGAACCGGUGCAAGUAUAACCACUGGAAUUCAUGUUGAUUGCCUCUGCAGAUUUAGUUAUUCUUGGAAGGGGAAGCAUAAACAGAAUAAAAAUAUUACUUUUUGCUCAGUUAUGGCCAGAUGUAGUGCUUCGGGAUUUCCUGAAUCGGUGAAGGACAUUAAUAUUUAGAGCAUGCUUCGACAUGCAUGAACAGCAUGAACUAGUUGUGACCAUGCUUUGAGUUCAUCUUUUUCAGACAAUUGUAAGACAAGAAAAUAGGCCGCUAUGAAAUGAUCCUAUGUGGUUAAUGAAACAUACGAAAUUGAGAUGUCUGUUCACCUUGUGUUGAUUGUCCCUUGAAGCAUAUGGAAAAUUCAAUUUGUAUUUUGUAAAAUUGUGUUUUGAUCUAGAAACUUAUCUUUCAUA